AUGGGGCAGAGAAAACUUGCAACACAACCUUAUAAAACAGAACCACUGUCAUCAAGAGAUAUUCCUGGUACCCCACAUUCAGUCCAUAUUCUUCUUGAGGGUUUCAGCAGGGAAGUAGAGGGAGAUCUCUUCCAGGCAGAUGGCUCAGUCACCCUCAUUCGUGGACCUCUCACUGUGCUGGUGGACACUGCUGGACCAUGGUCUCGAGAUGCUCUGCUAGAAUCUCUGAGGUGUCAUGGCGUGAUGCCCAAUGAUAUUACUCAUGUAAUCGGCACACAUGGGCACUCUGAUCACGUGGGCAACCUCAAUCUGUUUCCAAAUGCUGAGAUCCUAGUAUCCUAUGAUCUGUGGCGUAAAGGCUUCUAUGUAUCACAUGACUUCCGUAGUGGUCUCCCCUACUUGCUGCCUAAUGGGGAAGGAUUAAAAGUGGUUCCCACCCCAGGGCACACUGGUAGUGAUACCUCCUUACUAGUUCCUGGCACCUCAUUGGGUACUAUAGCUGUCGCUGGAGACCUGUUUGAAAGAGAAGGAGACGUGGAUACAUGGAAGCAGCUGAGUGAAGACCCAAACACUCAGGAAAUAAGUAGAGCAGCUAUACUGAGGGUAGCAGAUGUUAUAGUGCCUGGACAUGGACCCCCAUUCAGGGUCAUAAAGCAUAAGCAAUAGGUAGUGGUAAGCCUAGGAUCUAAUUGCAAUAGUUAGGAUGGUUUAUAUAGAUAAUGUCUAUAUAACUUGAAGAAAUCCAUGAACUAUCUUGAACAUCUGUUUACAAAAAUGGAUCUUCUGUAGAUAAGGAAAAACAGAUUGUGGUAACUGUCAAAAAAUAGACUGGAAAUUGUAAACAAAAAUAUUACAUUAAAGAUAUAUGUUAUUGCAAAA